AUGCCGACGAAUUCUUUCGAGAAGCCUGGAGAGGUGGAACUUUUUUUGGGCUCAGAAAAGUCCGUGUCUAAAGUUGUCAUCAUCAGGCCACGAGCUGGGCUCUUCGAGGAGAAACUGGUCGCCUGCCUGACCCUCACCAGCAUAUCCCCAAAUGGGGUUGAUCCUUCCAAGGUCGAUCUGAUCCAGCCAGCACAGAUGUUCUUCGCAGGCACGCAGAUUGCAACGCUGAAGCAGAACCUCAAGGACACCAAGCUUGUCGACGACAAGGCUAUACCAGAGGUAUGGAUUCCGUUGGAUAAUAUGCCUACUGUACCAGAGACGGACGAUAUCGACCGGAGAAAGCUCCGGACUUGGGUUCAAAACGCGAAUUCCGACAUAUACGAGCGGGUGAUGGGGAUUGCGACGGACCAGACUUUGCAGCAGCCAGCUAGCGAGAUGGAGAGGGAGGUUCAGAAACUUGUGGCGCGGGUACUGCACGUUCCUCAGGAGCAAGUGAGCAUGAGCUUCACAUUCGCAUCGUUAGGUGGGGAUGAGGCUACGGCUAUGGCCCUUGUCACAAAUGCACGUGUUGAGUCGAUCUUUCUGGAGAGCCACGAAAUCCUGCAACACAACAAUACACUUGCACACCUCGCGGCUUUGGCUACCCAGCGGGGUGGGCUUGCACACAAAUGGACCGCGGACCAGGAAAACAAGGCUGCUGAGGGCAAUACGAGCCCGACCUCGACUCACUUCGACCUCUCACCGAUGCAGAAGCUCUACUUCAACACCAAGAUGGGUGGUGACCUGACGCUACGCGACUCGGGCGAGGGGAAUUACAGGUUUAACACGUCGCUGCUUUUCCGCGUCGCCAAGGGAUACAGCGUCUACGAUAUUUCUGCAGCCACGGAUGCCGUCGUGGGACAUCACGCAAUGCUUCGCGCCCGAUUUGUCAACGUCCAGGGCGAGUGGAUGCAGCACAUACUGCCCAAGGUCGAGGGCUCGUACUCUUUCAUGCAUUACACCAUCAGCACUAAUCAGCAGGUCGAGUCCGUUGUUCAGAACACCCAGGCAUCCAUCAACGUCGAAGAGGGACCCGUUUUCGCCGUGGCUCACUUCCAGACCACGGAUGGCCACCAGAUGAUCUACGUUGCCGCUCAUCACCUCGUUGUGGAUGUGGCGUCGUGGCGACUGAUCAUUCAAGAUAUGGACGAGUUAUUACAACAUGGUAGCCUCUCAUCGCAAAGGGCCAUGCCGUUCCAGAAGUGGGCCGAGCUGCAGAAGCUGGACGCGCAGAUGCCAUCCGGUGGGCUUCCCUUCGAGUUGAGUCCUGGGGAUCUGGAUUAUUGGGGGCUGUUGGACACACCGAAUACCUAUGCAGACGCCAACGAGGCGAGUUUCUCGUUAUCCGAGGAGCUGACAUCCAUCUUGGAGACCACGUGCAAUCAGGUGCUGAGGACGGAGUCGGUUGACAUUUAUAUCGCUGCACUGCUUCUUUCCUUUGCCCAGACGUUUCCAGAAAGACAGAUACCGGAUGUCUGGAACCAAGAGCAUGGUCGGGGCCUGUGGAACAACGAGAUCGACAUUUCUGAGACGGUCGGAUGGUUCACAUCCCUCUGCCCCCUCAACCAACAAAUCAAUGCCAGCAGCGACUUUGUCGACGUGCUCCGCCGAUUGAAGGAUACUCGACGGGCAAUACCUCACCGAGGUGCUCACUACUUCGCCAGCAAGUUCUACUCGAAUGAUGAUGGGAACACAGACAUGAUGAACUCAGCACGGCCUCCGUCACCCAAUACUCUCCAGAUUGCGACUCGUGACUGGCCCAUCGAGAUACUUUUUAGCUAUGCUGGAAAUAUUCAAAACAUUGGCAGGGAGAAUGGCGUCCUCGAGCAGAUUGCCCUUCCAGGACGCACACUCGACUCUAGAAUUUCCGACAUUGGACCUGCGGUAGGCCGAAUUUCUCUGUUCGAGGUCAACACGACGAUCGACCAAGGGUCGGCCAGGAUCAAGUUUCUUUACAAUCGACAUAGCCGGCAUCUAAAUCUGAUCAAGUCCUGGAUCAGCAACUACGAGCACCUGCUUCUCGAGGCCAUCGGCCGUUUACGAUUUGCUGAUCCCGAGUUGACCCUGGCUGAUAUUCCACAGCUCUGGGCUACUGGUGUCACGUAUGAGGGACUGGCUACGCUGAACAAGACUGUGGUAAGCGAAUUGGGACUAAGUGGCGUUCACGAAGUCGAGGCUGUCUAUCCAGUCACUCCCGUACAGCAGAGUAUUCUGGUCAGCCAGGCCAAAUCACUUCACAACCCCGGAAAUAUGAAUGCUUGUCAUAUUCACGUCAUGUACGAGUUCGCAAGUCCAAACGGCGCUCCUGUGGAUCUGGCUCGGGUGGUCUCUGCAUGGGAUCAAGUCGUCGCCCAUCACUCAGCACUCAGGACCGUCUUUAUCGAGAGCAUUGCAGAAGAGGGCUUAUUCAACGCUGUCGUCUUGAAACGGUGGGCCCCGAAUAUGUUGUUCCUCGAUGCAACACCUAGCGAAGAUCCGAUCGACACGCUGAACAAUCUCCCUCCGCUCACUGCUUACCCGGCGGUGAAGAGCGUGCCCAGACACAGGCUGACGGUCUGCCACUCCCCCAUGAAGACAGUUGUAAAGCUGGACGUGUCAGCUGCCUUAUGCGACAUGAUGAGCGUUAAUGGGAUGGUUGCAGAUCUGAGGAGAGGGUACGCCACGGGCAGGGCCAUUCCAGUCACCAGUGGGGAGGCAGCCGUCUUCUCGUACUCUGGGUACGUCGACAUCAUGCGCGGAUUAGACCGAGACAGAAGUAUCGCCUGGUGGAAAGAAACUUUAGGAGAGGUCACUCAGCCGUGCCUCUUUCCAAGACUGGACUUCUACUACGGAGGCGACAACAAGGACCCAAGCAGGCCAAAGCAAUACGCCAGUCUCCAUACUGAGAUUACCGAUGUUCUUUUUCAGAAGGUUGCGGAGUUCUGCCGAGCCCAGAAGACUACGAUAGGCACAGUGCUGAGGCUAGCUUGGGGAUUGGUGCUGCGCGCUGUCACCGGGAGCAGUGACGUGUGUUUUGGCUACAGAGCCCCUGGACGGUCUGCAACACUCGAAGGCAUGAGGUCCGCUGUUGGAUGUUUCGCAAAUACGAUUCCAGUGUCCUUUGACUUGUCUCCGUUCAAACCAUUGGCCAUCCUUCUCAGGCAGGUCGAGGAUGGUUACAAUGCCGCUCUACCACACCAGCAUAUCACCAUGGCAGAGAUCAGACAUGCCCUGUGCGACGGCAAGAAGGGGGCUGGUCUCGAUGUACAGCUCUUCAACACGUGUUUUGCUUUCACUGAGGAGCCCGCUGACCUGCACAGCCGCUUCACGCAGCCUACGACCUUGGAGCUGCGGAACGUGAUGAACCACGAAACGACCGACUACGACCUUACAAUCAAUACGCGUUUUAGCAACGCCACAGGUCGGUUGGUUGUUGAUAUUGGCCACUCGAUCCUCUCGGAGACGCAGGCUCAGAACAUUACGAAUACAUUUGCACGUGCGGUCAUCGCCAUACUUCAGUGUGCUUCGCCUGCAGCACAUAUUGGAUCUCUCGAUCUGUUCUCGGACCGCGACUACGCUCAGAUUGUGGAAUGGACCAACCCAUCGGACAGGGAUACCCAGCAGCAGAGGACUCUGUUGCACGAGCUCGUCUUUGCGCAGAGCAUCACGCGGCCAGACUGCAAAGCGGUUUGCGCUCAUGACGGUGACCUCACAUAUCUGCAGAUCGAGGUUCUUGCCCACCGACUGGCGCACGUUCUGCUCGAAGCGGGUGUCGUUCCUAAAGGCAAUUCAAGGGCUGCAGUGCCAGUCAUCCUCGACAAGUCCAAAUGGGCACCAGUUGCCCUGCUCGCGAUUCUAAAAGCCGGUGCUGCUUUUGUCCCGGUUGACGCAGACGAGAUGGGCUUCGUCGCCAAGAUUGCCGAGCAUCUCGGGCCUGCAAGCAAGGUGGCUGUCGCCUGCGUAGCAGCGGCGGAGGCCCUGGACAAUGCCGAUAAUGAAGUUCCCUCGUUCGAUCGUGUAAUCUGCCUUGACGAUGCGCUCAUGAAACGCCUGGAACGUGAGGCUCCCGUUCCUGGACAGCUGCUGCCGCCAAGUAAGCCCGAAGACGUGGCCUGCGUCUUCUUCACGCCAACCUCGUCACGUUCCGUCCGCGGCAUCAGCUUCACGCAUGCGUCGCUGUCGACUUGUUUCCUUGGUCAGGGUCCAGUGUGUGGUAUCAACAACACGACUCGCGUGCUGCAGCUAUCCAGCUUCAAUGUUGAUGUUGCCCUCUCUGAAGUGUUCACCACCCUCGUCAAUGGCGGCGUAAUGUGUAUCCCGACGUCCAGAGACAGAUACAGCGAUUAUACUGGAUGUGUGACGCGUUUCAGUGCCACCUGGAGCUACAUGACGCCCUUGCUUGCUCGCAAGCUGAAUGUGGAAAUGCUUCCUACGCUCAAGACGGUCUGCUUCCGAACGCGCGGCUUGGACGAAGACACUUAUGAGCCGUGGAGAGGCCGGAAGAGGGUCGUGAUGGCUUAUGGAGCGCCGGAUGUCUGCCCGCUUGGUAUCUCUUUUCUCGAGAUUCAUGGACCUCACCAUCUUCGCGCCAUUGGUCGACCUAUCGCAGGCUCUGCGUGGAUUGUGUCUGGAGAAGACCACAGAAACCUGAUGCCCGUCGGCGCAGUAGGCGAGAUGGUCAUUGAAGGUCCUACUCUGGGAAAAACUUUCCGCAAGAGACACCAGCAUCAGAAGAGCAUCAGCACCAUCGCGACUGAGGAUACUGGUCAGGGGAAGAAGAGAUACUACAAGACAGGGCACAGCGUGCGGUAUAUCGAGGGCGGUCUGAUGGAAUACGUCUCGUCCAAGCGGGAUGACCUGGAGAUCAACGGCCGCGUUGUCAACUUGGCAGAGCUAGAGCAGCAGAUCCGCCGUGCUCUGGGGCAGCGCGUCGAUGUCAUGGUCGAAGCGCUGGCCUUCAAGGGUGAACGUGGACGAAGCCCUACGCUUGCAGCCUUCCUUGAACUGGGCGGUGACGGGAGUACUGCGGCUCCGCAUGCCCUAGAUUUGGCUAACCUGGGCGAUGAGGUGAAACAGCGUGUUCAUAUGGCCAAGAGGAUCGUGGAAAAGGCUUUGUUUGGAAUAGUGCCCGACUUUAUCAUCCCGAAGAUUUUCAUCCCUGUUCGACAUCUUCCGACAACAUACUCGCUCAAAGUAAACCGACGCAAGCUACAGAAGGUCAUCAAGGGCCUGUCGCGCCAGCAGCUUCUCGAGCUUGCGACGGUUGAGAGCCCAGAGCAAUUGUCGGACAUCAAUGCCUCGACUCCACUGCUGAUGGGUGGGCUGGAGGCUAAGAUCCGUGCCGUCUGGGCCCAAGUAUUGAACCUCGACGAGAACAAAAUUGCACUCAGUGACGGGUUCCUCAAGCUUGGCGGUGACGAAGUCUCAGCCGCCGAAGUGGUCGUCAGGUGCCGAAAGACGAAACUCCCUGCCAACAUCUCUGACCUCAUGCGCGACGUUCCACUUGGUGAAAUCUGCCACACGAGCAAUACUCUUGUUGGCCAUCCAAAUCAGUCUGCAUCUAUUCAGCAGCAGCAGCAACAUGAGCAACAACAACAACAGCUGCUGCCGCAGGAAGAUAUCCCAGCGAAACAGAAUCUAGCCAAUUCUGUCGCACUGGUCGCGCCAACACCUCAGGUCAUCGACAGAAACUUUAUCGAGGAAACACUUGCGCCAAAGCUCCUCCUGGAACCUGAAGUCGUCCGCGAUGUCGCUGAAGCCACGUCCACACAAGUCCGCGCCAUCGAGACGGCGAUGCUGACGCAGGGUCGGCUGCGAUCACAAUCGACGUCGCCUCACGGGCCUGGUCUCGCUGAUGUGUCCUACUUCGUGUUCCACUUCACUGCCGCCAGCUCGACGUCGUCUGUCUCUGCCCGCCGCAUUGAGGAGGUCUGCCACAUCCUCGCGUCCAUCCAUCCCAUUCUCAGAACAGCUUUCAUCGCGCAUGUGGAAGGGCAGAACCGUAAGCUCUACCAGGUUGUGCUGAGAAACUACAAGGCCGACUUCAAGCACAUUCCACGCGUGCAGAGCUGGCGCCUGGGUGCAACUCUGGAGAAGGAGAUCAAGAGAGACCGCGAAGCCCUGCUUACCCAGUGCGAUCUGUUCGCCAGCCCCAUUACACGCUUCAUCUUCCUGGACGCGGGUAAGACGUCUACGCUUGUACUCCGACUGUCCAGAGCCCAAUAUGAUGACGUCUCUAUUGCGCUCCUCGUCAAGGAUUUGAGAAAGCUUUAUGAUGGUGGCCAGAAUCCUCCACGUCGUCCUGGCUUCGCCGACUUUGUCCGUGAGGCUGCACUUGCUCAUGUCGGUGGUGAGGCAGAACGCUACUGGCGAGGACUGCUGGAGCAUGCAGUACCGACUCAGGUGGUGGCCCACACCAAGCCUCCCAAGCUGACCAGCUCGGUGCGUACGCUGCGCGAGUCGGUCUCGGUGAACACGGUCGCCAUGGGCUCCCUUGGUAUCUGCUUCGACACCGUGCUCAAGGCCGCGUGGGGUAUGGUGCUUGCGACCUUCUCGGGGACGCCUGAUGUCGUUUUUGGUGAGGUUGUCGAAGGCUGUCACUCUCGAAUGCAACAAACCCUUGGUCCCUCGAGUGUGAACCGCGGUGGCGUGCUGGGUCCUACAUCGACCAUCCUACCAGUUCGCAUCUGCUUUGCGGACAGCCCAACCAGCCCGCUGCACCUAUUGAAGUGUGUGGCCAACCAGAGGACCGCGGGUAUGCCGUACGAGAACCUAGGAAUGCUAGACAUCGUGGAAAAGUGCACACCGUGGCCAUACUGGACACGUUUGAGCACCAUUGUGCAACAUCGGACUGAUGCGGAGCUGCUUAUGGACGGCAAGGCCAAGAGCUUCAAGCUGGGAGCUGCUCUGUGCAAGAUCAACGUGAUUGAGAGUGAUGUGGUGGACAUGCCGGAUUUUCUGGUGCGAAGUCUCCUCAGAAACAAGCCAGCCAUAGAAGGUGACGAAGAGCUGGAGGUCUCGGUGUCUUUCUGCGAGCAGCGCGUCCCUGCCAACCUAGCGCAGGAGGUCCUGCACAAAGUCUGUGGUUUCGUGGGCCUGUUGACGGGCGUCAGCAUCAUGCAGUCUAUCAUACCGACGGCGGCGCAGUACUCGGCUCUCGCGAAGCAGAUUCCACUCGCCAACAGCACGUACGCAGGCAACCCGGCUGCAGGACCUGCGGGCGCCAAAAUGUCGCCGGACCAGAUCACCACCAUCCAGUCUACUAUCGAGGAUGCCUGGCGCAGCACGCUUGACCCAAGGACCCUGGGCGUACCAGAGGAGCAUGUCACUUCUGCUGCCUUCUACGAUCUCUGGGGCUCACUUGUCCCCGCCGCCCAGCUGGCUGACUUCAUCACUGAUGAGAUCCCCAUGAGGCUGGUCGGUGAGCUUUCGACGAACCUCUUCAGCAACAGCCUCGACGGCUUCUCGGUCACGAUGGAGGAGAUUGUUGACAACCCGACCAUGCUUGACCAGUUUCAACUCAUCGUCAGGAAGGCG